GUCAUGGUAUAAGAAAGUUCUAUCAACGAGAAAACAUUUGCUGGUUGUAAUUCAAAUCUAUCAAGAUAAAGGUGAGACUGUCCACGUUUUUAUUUGAGUUUUAAUGCAACGGAGGAUAUAAAGUCCUGUUGAUCCGCACAAUCAUGCAUGAUUAUUUUGUCAGUUCCACAAACUGGCUGCACCUUACAAUAUCGACAUGGUCGAUCCGAUGUCACUGAGUUCAUGAUUAUCUCGGAAAAUGAAAAGCAGCCAAAGUACUUUUAACAACCUUUGCUAAUAUAUAAUUCCCAAUGUUUUCUGUUUUAAGUACUAAGGAGUUUUUAUUUGUCCUGUGAGUCAACACGAAAGCAUUUAAUUUACCGCUGUGUUUACACGUCGAUAGCUACUGAAGAGCGAUCUUUGACUGAUGGGUUAUUUGUGUCGAUUAUGGGCUGAUACUUCUACAAGGCUAGGUGAUGUUCUAAUUUGUGUGGGUUACUUGUGACUAGUCCUCUCUGCCUGAGUUUUAAGCGCUGAUAUAGAUGGAAUGUAAAAUCGUUACGAGUUUGGUCGAUUCCUUUCACCUCAGUUCCUUUCAUUGUUAUUUAAGUGUCGAAACGUAUAUUGUGAACAACAUGUAACGUGCAACACGCAUAGUAACACAAAUCUGUUUUGAAAAUCUUCUAUUGAUCCCCAGGUAACCAAUCUGGGUAGCUACAAUUAGCUUUGACUGAUAUCUGUAGAAUUUACGGCUGUACGAUUUUAGUAAAAUUUCUUUUAUUUGAUAAAUUAAUGAUUCUGCGUUUAGUGAAUUCUUGAAAGCUAUUGUUGGAAGACAUCGUAACGUGAAUAAGCCAGUGAAGAAUUGCAAAACCAAACGGAAUGUCUGCAAGUGAAGGGAAAGACGAAAACAAUUUAGACAUUGCAGCUGAAGAUCAGCCUUAUGAAGCAUGCGAUCCCACAACAGACAGACACUCAUACCGCUGUCUUGGAGUGAAAUUCUACGAUUCAAAAGAUUUCAAAAAAGCCCUGGAGUACCACAAGCUGGACCUUAAUCAAGCCCAACACACCGGGAACAGAGCUGCUGAAGGGCGCGCCUAUUCUGAUCUUGGCCUUACUUAUAAAUCCCUAGGUGAACUGCAAGAGGCCAUGGACUGCCACCUGCGACACCUCAGUAUUACCAAAGAGGUCAGAAAUAAAGACGAAGAAGUAAAAGCGUACGGUAACCUAGGUAAUGUUUAUAAAUCUCUCGGAAAGGUAAAGAAGGCCGUAGAGUACCACGAGCUGGACCUUAGUAUUACCAGUGCUAUUGGGGACAAAGCUGGAGAAGCACGUGCAUAUACCAACCUCGCCAAUGCUUAUUGUUAUCUCGGUGAGCUUGAUAAAGCCCUCCAAUAUGAACUGAAAGUGGCUAACAUUUUCAAGGAAUUGAAAGACAAAAGUGAAGAAGGAAAUGCAUAUGGUAGACUUGGCGCUGUUUAUCAGCACAUGGGUGAUUUCACACAGGCCCUAGAGUACCACCAGCAACAGCUCGAUAUUGCCAAGGGUCACGAAGAUAGAUCUGAGCAGGCACGUGCAUAUCGUAAUCUUGGAAUUGAUUAUAAAUCUCUCGGUGAUUUCAAUAACGCCCUGGAUUGUCAUCAACAUGCUCUUAACCUUGCCAAAGAAGUAAGAGACAGAGCCGAAGGAUUUGCACUUGGUAAUCUUGGCGUUGUGUAUAACAACAUCGGUGAUUUCAAGGAAGCCCUCGUACACCUCAAUGAAUAUAAGAAAAUUUCAGAGGACAAUGAGGACAAACUUGGACAACGACAGGCUUACGCCAAUCUUGGUGUCACUUUCCAGGGGCUUGGUAUGUUUGAAGAGGCCAUUGAGAACCACCAAAGUCGUCUUGCCAUGUCUCAAGAAGCUGGAGACAAGACUUCACAAGGUGGCGCGUAUGCAAAUAUUGGCAUUGCCUAUCACUGCCUUGGUAGAUUAGACGAAGCGGUAAAGAACCAUCUGCAAGAUCGUAAAAUCUCCAUAGAGAUUGGAGACAAGGCUGGACAAGGACGCGCGUGUGCUAAUCUUGGCAUGGCUUAUUUUGAUCUGGGUGAUUUCGAAAACGCUCUCACGUUUUACCAGCAAGAUCUUAGUUUUGCCAAAGCCGCUAAGGACCUUACUGGGCAAGGUCGGGUACUCUGUAAUAUUGCUCGUGUUUUCUACUCUCAGGGCGAUUUAGUUUUAGCAGAGAAAUUUUUCCAAAUGAGCCUUACAUUUACUGAGAAGAUGAGAAGCCUUCUUCGCUCCAAAGACGACUGCAAAAUCAGCCUUCGGGAUCGCUAUGACAAGUGGUACACCACUUUAUGGAACGUUCAGUUACAACUAAACAAGACCGUUGAAGCUCUCUCUACAGCUGAACGAGGGCGUGGACAAGCUCUAAUGGACCUUAUGGAAAUGCAAUACGGUUUAAAAGUACCUCAGACGGAAUCGGGAGAGCAGAUUGAGAAAAACACUUCCGUGUCACAAUACAUCUCAUCACAAGUCGUAUUUGUAGCAGUGGACAACGACGCAGUUUUAAAUUUCUGGGUACUUGACAAAGAAAAUCAAGUUAAAUUCGUCCGAAAGAAAACUGAUACAGAUUUGAAAGGUUUGGUGGAAGAGGCUUACCAGAACAUUGGUGUCAAGAAACCAGUUAAGUGUGACGAUCGUUCGCUGGAUGAAUCAUCAGAGGAAAGAGAACUUGGUCAUAGCCCUGAAGGCGAUGGUUCUUCAGUAAAAGAGAAUGCCCAAGACGCUGUAAAAAUACUGUACAAUGAAGUAAUCGGCCCGAUCUCAGAUAUUAUCAAAGAUGGCCAAAUUACUAUUGUUCCUGAUGGUCCUUUGUACUUUCUUCCUUUUUCCGCACUCAAAGAUGAAGAAUCCAGGUCUUUUUCUGAAACGUUCAGUGUUCGACUUGCUCCUUCACUGACCAGUCUGAGACUGUUGGCAGAGUGUCCAGACGAGUACCAUUGUACGACUGGUGCAUUGCUGGUUGGAGAUCCAUGGGUGGAAAGUGUACGUAUCAGAGGAAAAAGAGUGCCACAGCUCCCGUCUGCCAAAGAGGAAGUUGAAAUGAUUGGGAAGAUUCUGAAGAGUGAACCUCUUAUUGGAAAAGAAGCAACGAAAGCUAAAGUCCUAUGCAGACUCGACUCGGUUUUCUUGGUGCACAUUGCAGCUCAUGGUAGUGCAAAAACCGGAGAAAUUGUUUUGUCUCCGAACCCAACCUCGUCCAAAAGACCCAAGGAGGCAGACUUUCUUUUGAAAAUGAAGGAUGUGUUGAAUUCGAAGUUGCGAGCCAAGCUUGUCGUCUUAAGUUGCUGUCAUAGCGGUCGAGGAGACAUUAAAGCUGAAGGUGUAGUUGGUAUUGCACGUGCGUUUCUGGGUGCUGGUGCUCGUUCUGUUUUAGUUUCUCUGUGGGCGAUUGAUGACAAAGCCACUCUAGGGUUUAUGAGAUAUUUCUACCAGCAUCUGAUGGAUGGAAACUGUGCAAGUAAGUCAGUGAAUCAAGCCAUGAAAUGCAUGAGAGAAUCUGACGACUUCAGUGAAGUGAGAUACUGGGCACCAUUCGUACUGAUUGGCGAUGACGUAACAAUGAACUUUGCUGAAAUCAGUACCUUAUCAGCUAUGUAACUAAGCAAAGACGCCUGGAUUUAGGUGAGUUAUAUUGCUUUAUUUUUCACUUCAUUUUUAAUUGUUGUA